AUGUUGCGGGUUGUGGCUUACGUCUGCGCUCUCCUGGCACUAGCUCACGGACAGACCACCAAUGUAAACCAGUGUACUUUCCACAGUGGACCUCUGCCGAUACACACGUACAUAGAGGGCUGUGUUACUCCGCCCUGUGUCUUCCCACAAGGACAAGAUGCGGUCGUCAACAUCAAGUUCCGAGCACCCCGCGCCGUGCAGAGCAUGACCACUCAUGCCACAGCAUUUCUGUCAAUAUUACCAAUCUUUUACCCUCUCGGAGAGGCAGCUCAGACCUGCAAUUACCUCACUAACAACAGCUGCCCUCUGGAAGAAGGCGAGGAGGUGCAGUACUCCCUCAAUAUGUUCAUCGAGCCUGCUUUCCCUGUGGGAACUAGUCUACCAAUCGAGUUUAGGAUCGUGGAUGACAACAACAACAACCUGGUUUGCAUUCGGGUGCCAAUCAGAAUCGCGCCUCCUGUGUCUUCCAACAUGCCUGCCGGGCCGGCUGCCUGA